UUCCUUCCCUCUCCUCCCCCAAAGUCUCUCGGGUCUCGUCGUCCACUCCGCCUUUAUACAUACGGCGUCCUUCUUGCGUCAUCCCACUCAGCAGAGAGCCAGCUCACUCCUCAUUGUCCGCCAGCCUACUCGGCCGACCAUCGUCACACACAGUGCCCCUCGUUUCGUCUCGGCCUGUUCAGCUGUUCUCACGACCUCGCACCAUGUCUUCCUCCAUCGCCAUUCCCGCGGGCCCCUCGGCCACGCCCUUAUAUCACAAGGGCACCGCUUCCUCUUCCAACAGCCCAUACUCGAGCUCGCCCUCUUCAUCCCCGCCUUCGGCCGGCAAGCACAAGGCCCUGCACAACCGCCGCCCGAGCCUCCUGAGCUCUUCUCUCUCCAAGCAAGAAUGCACCGUCAUUAACAUCGGCGAGCCGGACGGCCCUCCUCGGCUGAUCUCCUACCUUUCCUCCAGCCAGGGCUUUGCCUGGAAUCCCGAGAUCUUCCUCCCUUCGUACAUCGACUGCGACUACGUUCCCCUCGAGAACCGCCGAGACCCCGUUCACGAGAUCUUCCUCACCGACGAGGAGUCCAAGAACAUGCUGCCGCAUUAAACAGAACAGCAUCUUUAUUCACUCACGCUUACCCGGACCGACCGCACGACGAUUUAGACAUUUCCUUCUCACGAGAUUCCCAGUUUUACGCUAGCUCUUUAUUCUUCGACUACACACAUUCUUACGGCGUCUCUGGUUCCGCGGUUUUCUUACCUCCUCGUUAGGAAAGGGCUUUGUUCCCCAGCUUACCGACAAACAUGGAUUGUCGGCACUGUUUGACGGAGUAUUCGGGAUAUGGAAUCCCUGGUCAAUUGACUUGACAGCCUCCCUUUCGGGGAUUGGCUUUGGCGGAGUAUCGCAGACAUGGCGGAGCAUUCAUGACUCUUGGGCAGUCAGCAUAUCUUAUCUGGUGGACUGGGCCGGACCGGACCGGGCUUGGAAUCGGAGGGUAGAUGCCUGGUUUCGCAGGUUUUCAGGAGGGUGUUUUCUUCUUCAUAUGGGCCUUGACUUCAGAUUGCCUCUUUUCUUUCAUGGGUUUCCUGUUAUUGUGGCUGGACUUUCUUUGGGACGGUGGCGUUGUGGUUCGACGGUGUUUGUUAACUCUCCUCAAUUUACCCUGGUUCUACACGAA